AUGGCACAGGUCAUCGUCGUCGGAGGCGGUCUCGCCGGUCUCUCUGCUGCCCACACUCUUCUCGAGCGCGGUGCCAAUGUCUUGCUUCUCGACAAGCAAGGUUUCAUGGGUGGUAACUCGACCAAGGCCACUUCCGGUAUCAAUGGCGCUGGAACCGACUCCCAGAGGGACCUCGGCAUCCCUGACUCUGCCAAAAUCUUCUUCGACGAUACCAAGAAAUCCGCUCGUGAGCUCGCCCGCGAUGACCUCAUCCGUGUCCUCACCGGCCGCUCUGGUGACGCCGUCAACUGGCUGCAAAACGUCUUCGGUCUCGACCUCUCCAAGGUCUCCCGUCUCGGUGGCCACACCCACCCCCGCACGCACCGUGGUGAUGCUCAAUUCCCCGGAAUGGUUAUCACCUAUGCACAAAUGGAGCGUCUCGAGGAUCUCGCCGUCAGCAACCCUGACCGAGUGAAGAUUCACAAGAAGGCUCGCGUCACCAAGCUCCUUAAGGACGAGUCUGGAGCCGUUUACGGCGUCGAGUACACCUACAAGGGCAAGACAGAGACCGCCUACGGCCCCGUUAUCCUCGCCACUGGUGGUUACGCUGCCGACUUCUCCGAAACCUCACUGCUCAAGAAGCAUCGUCCCGAGUACUGGAAUCUCCCCACGACCAACGGCGAGCACUGCACUGGUGACGGACAGAAGCUUGCCAUGGCCAUUGGCGGUAGCGCCAUCGAUCUCGAGAAGGUCCAAGUCCACCCUACUGGUCUCGUUGACCCCAAGGACCCCGAGGCCAAGGUCAAGUUCUUGGCCGCUGAGGCCCUUCGUGGUGUUGGUGGUCUCCUCCUCGAUAACGAAGGCAAGCGUUUCGUCGAUGAGCUUCAACAUCGUGAUUACGUCACUGGAAAGAUGUGGGAGAACGGCAAGUACCCUAUCCGUCUUGUCCUUAACGGAAAUGCCUCCAAGGACAUCGAAUGGCACUGCAAGCACUACGUUGGCCGUGGGCUCAUGAAGCGCUUCGACAGCGGUGAGGCUCUUGCCAAAGAGUUCGGUCUCGCUCCUGAGGUCCUCAAGAAGACUUUCGACGAUUACAACAUCAGCGUCCGCACCCAGAAGGAUCCCUUCGGCAAGAAGUUCUUCCAAGGUGUAUGGAAGUUCGAUGACUACUUCAACGUCGCUGUCAUGACCCCCGUUCUCCACUACACCAUGGGUGGCCUCGAGAUCGACGCCGAGUCCCGUGUCGUUGGCACCAACGGCAAGCCCAUCCCCGGUCUGUUCGCCGCUGGUGAGGUCGCUGGUGGUGUGCACGGUGCUAACCGUCUCGGUGGUUCAUCACUGCUUGGCUGCGUCGUCUUCGGUCGUGUGUCCGGUGACUCUGCAUCUGCCUACCUCCUCCAAACGACAUCCGCUGUCAUCCAGAAAGCUGGUGGCCGUCUUGGGUCCCUCGCCGGCCAACUUGCACCCGCACCCUCCGCCUCAUCAGCACCUGCGACACCUGCUGCCGCUGCUCCCGCCGCUGCCCCCGCCAGCAGCUCAUCGCCAGGCGAGUACACACUAGCAGACGUUGCCAAGCACACCUCGAAGGACGACGUUUGGGUCGUCAUUGACGGACAGGUGCUCGAUGUCACCAGCUUCCUGCCUGACCACCCCGGAGGCGAGAAGGCCAUCAUGCUGUACGCUGGCCGCGACGCCACUGAGGAGUUUAACAUGCUGCACGACCCUAAGGUCAUCCCUCGAUACGCACCUGACUCUGUCAUCGGCAGGGUAAAGGCCUAA